AAUCCAAUCAAAAUUCAAUGCAAUAAAAAGGAAAAGGAAAAGGAAAAGGAAAAAACGAACCUCAUAACUCACUCCAUCUUCUUCUUCCCCCCUCGUCUAAUCCUUCAAUCUGUUUGUUUUCAUUAUUAACAUUUCUCUUUCUCUGUUGCAGAACAAACCAACCCAACCCAACCCAACCAAACCAAAACAAUAGCCAUGCCAUUUCUUACAGAAACCUCAGCUUCUGUUUCUGCUUCUUCUUCUUCUUCUUCUUCUUGUUCCACAAUAGCAGAACAUCUAAAACUAAGAAGACCAGCCAGGAACCAAAUCAACACGACAGAAACAGAUCCAGACCCAGUGUCAGAAAUCCCAUCUUUAAUCCAAUCCACUCGUUCUAAAUCCACCAUUUCCUCUCUUUUCCUCUCCUCCAACAAUGACACAACCAAAAAGAAAACCAAUCCUUUUAGCCAGUCUGCUCUUAGAGGACUUGGUUGCACCGCAUCUACAUCACAACAAGUGUCGGUGCCAGCCAUGAUACGUACAUCAGCCGAUUGGGAAACUAAGAAAGUAAAGAAGAAAAAGAAAACACAGCAACAGCAGCAGCAGCAGCAGCAGCAGGAGCAAGAAAAGAAGAAGAAGAAGAAAAAGAAGAAAAGUAGUAAACUUGUUGUUGGCAAUGAGAGCAGCAACAGCCAUAAGGUGCAUCAUCCUCAUCAUCAACAAGGUGUGCUUUUGAAUGAAGGGAGUGGUUAUAACAUUAGUUGUGGAGUGAUUCAAGAUGUUUGGUGUGGACCUGGAAUUGGGUUUUCAGCUGAUGCUGUUGGCUCUGUGGAUCGUGUUGCUACAAGGAGAAAUGUGCCUGCUAGAGGGAAGAUUGAUGUCGAAAAGGUCAACCACAGGGGGCCUUCGUAUAUAGCAAGGCGGACUGUAAAUCCCGAAACACUCUCAUUUCUUGAUUCUGAUUCAGCCUUCAUCUCAUCACGUCCUGAACCUGAUUUCUUUGGAUCUAGAUACUAUCGCCAUGCUCGACAUCCUUCUCCAGAGGGGCUUGCUGAGAUAAUGAUGCUGCAGAACAACUUGCUAAUGGGCGGAAGAUUAGAUUCACGUGAUCGAUUUAGCGACUGGAGGCUUGAUAUUGAUAGCAUGUCAUAUGAGCAAUUACUGGAGCUCGGUGAGAAAAUCGGUCAUGUUAACACCGGAUUGAAAGAAGAUGAGAUAAGUAGAUGCCUUAGAAAGAUGAAAGGCUCAGUUAUGAAUGAUUUACCACUAAGUGUGAACAUGAAUGUGGAUAAGAAGUGCAGCAUUUGCCAGGAGGAAUAUGAAGCGAAUGAAGAAAUGGGAAAGCUAUAUUGUGGACACAGUUUUCACAUCCAAUGUAUAAAACAGUGGCUUGUGCAUAAAAAUACUUGCCCGGUUUGUAAGACCGAAGCAGCGGCUCAAUGCUAGCUGCAGCCAGCUGUGGCGGUGCCGAUGGAGAUUCAAUUUUUACUCCCCCCCUCCCCUUUUAUUUUCUGAAAUGUGUGAAGCCUCAAGGGUUCAACCUGUGUUGACUUGGGCAGUACAGGGAAGAGAUAUGUUGCAACUUUGCCCAGCCCUCUUCCUUGAAAUCAACUACUGUAGGUUUGUGAUUGUGUUGCCAUAUUUAUGAAAAUUUUUUCAUGUUUAUAAUUGGUGUUAUGUAAAUUUUGAUAAUGAAUUGAUGAUAUACUUGUAUUGGUUUUUA